AUGAAGAUGACGUUUUCCAGGAUUGGCGCCGUCGGCAAGGGGCUGCUGCGCAACGAGAACGUCAGCCUGCCCCACCUGAAGGGAAAGGUGGUCCUCGGCCGCGUCGCCGCGGUGGACGACAACGGCUUCUACCGGGUCGAGACGGGUUUCAAGACGUGUGUGUUCUCUCCCAUGAUCCCCCGCGAAUCCCUCGGACCCGACCUCGGGCCUUCGCCUCCGGUGAUGUUUCACGAGAAGGAGCUGAGGCGAUCGCCCGGCACGCGCCUGAAGGAGGAGCCCAUCCCCGAGAUAGGCGACCAGCUUCGCCUGAUGGUGCGCCACGUGCAGAACCCGAUGGGAGAGAUGGAGCUCUCCAACACGCAGCGCGAGUUGGAGGAGCGAGAGUUUGCGCUCUGGGGGGAGAUCAAGGCGACGCGUUCGCGAGGCGGGCUGAUCAAGGGGCGGGUGUUGAACGUCUGCAAAGGGGGCUGGUCCGUGGGCAUCGCGGGUUACGUCGCGUUCCUGCCCAACAACUGCGUCAAGCCGUACGACGGUCGCGCCAAGCCGCCGCUGGGCGAGCUGCUGCAGUUUCGGAUCCUCAAGAUCAGGGACGACAUCCGCAACAUAGUGGUGGAGGGACCGCUCAGCGACGGGGGCGGGCUAGACGCGGAGUCCACGCCGGGAGGAAGGGAGGCUACGCCGCGGGAGAAGAUGCGCAAGGCGUGGGCGCGGAGACACGAGGAGGAGGAGAGGAUCGCGCUCGGGUCUCACGCCGCGUCUCCCGCCGCGGAUGAUCUGAAGGAUUUUUGGCGUCGAAAGGGACGGGGCGCGGCGGCGGCGGCGACGGCGUCGGCGGCGGCGGACGGCGAACGCGACGGAACGCCGGCGGUGGAGAAGAAGGAGACCGCGCCGCUGGAGAGGGAGGCUGCGGACGGUCGACCGAUGUGGGGGGGCGACAAGGACGAGGACGAGGGCGCCAAAGAACCGUAGCGAUGCGUCGAGACCGAGUCGUCAUUCAAUUUCCCGAUUCAUCAAUC